GGAUUGGAAUGAGGUAAUCCUCCUUUUUGCUGUAUUCAGGUUAGUGGUGCUACUUUUCUUUUCUAAGAAGGAAACUUUUAUACUUUUAUAAAAUACCAAGGAAUUAAACUGUGUGCAUUGAUUACUUUGAAUUUGUUUUCAUACCUUGCUAUUGUGUGUUAGGCACAUAAUUAAUGUGGAAAUAAAAUACAUGCAUCAUUUAUGAGAAAUAACCUGCAGAGACAAAUAUAGGCCCAGUCCUGCAAGCAUUUACAUAUGUGUUUUAACUUUUAAGAACUGUGAGUAGUCCCAUGGAAAUCAAGGGGACUAUUCAGAAUGCUUAAAAUUAAGCACAAGCAUGUUUGCAGGAUCAGGCUCAUAUGGCACAUCUGAUGGGUUCCUUUUAGUUUUCCUAAAUUCUUUAGUUUGCUGGUCAAAGUAAUGGCCCUGUUGUAAAAUUUCUAUUCAAAAUCAGAUGGUGUUGCUAAUCAGAUCCCUUGGCAUGCUCUAAGACCUUGAACUCUGGUGACUCUUACAGACACCCUCUACCAAUACAACACGAUCUUUACAUUGUCUGUACCAUCCCUUGUCCAAACAAAAAUGAAGGGCCAGAUUCAGCCAUGGUGUAAAUAGAAGCUUAUGGAGUUAUUCCAGAUCUUACACCAAAGCUGCAUGUGAUCCACAAUGGCAGGUGCUACUGAAAGGAAGCUCAAACUGUGUCCUAAAUACCUUGACCCAUCUCAGCAAUUGUAGCUGUCUGGGGACAGGUGGCUAGAGGCAGUUGUCCAGUUUGACUGGAGCGUAGGGAAAUUUUAUUAUUUCCAGUUUCCUUAUUCACAGGUUUCCUUUCAUUGUAUUGCCCUUUCCCGUUUGUUGGAGAAGAACCAUGAAGAACCGCUCCUCAUCUCCCCCUUUGCACGUUCACGUGGAUGAAAACACCCCUGUCCAUGUCCAUAUAAAAAAGGGUCAGAAAACAACACCUGCAAAAAGCCAGCCGAAACACAAACAGAAAAUGAAAGGGGAUACCGUGAACGUGCGCCGAAGCGUGCGGGUGAAAACCAAGGUCCCCUGGAUGCCCCCAGGCAAAACAUCUAUCCGGGAGUCUGCCUACAAGUGGGAGGGACCAACCCAUCGCUUGGAAAUUACUCCUCCAGAUUCAGAAAAACUGCUCUCCGUGCUGCGUCUGAGUGACCUCUCUACAGACGAGGAGGAUGCUAUUCACAGCAAAAUGAACAAAUAUGAGAAGAAGAUAGAUAGCCUGAUGAAUGUAGUGGGGACACUGAAGAAUGAGGCCAAGAUACAGAAGCGGGAGGAACAACAGCAAAUGGCAAAGCGUCUCCUCGAGGAGCAGAAGGAUGAGCUAGAUGAAGUCACACAGGAGCUGGUGGAGACAGAACAUGAGAAUACCCUGCUCCGACGUAACAUUGAGCGCAUAAAGGAGGAGAAAGACCUUACUUUAAUGCAGAAGAGGCACUUGCAGCACGAGAAAGAGUGUUUGAUGUCCAAGCUAGUUGAGGCAGAGAUGGAUGGGGCUGCAGCAGCCAAACAGAUUCAUGCGCUGAAAGAUACGAUUGGGAGACUCAAAAAUGAGAAACACAUGACCAGCUCAGAUGUUAAUACGCUGACAAGGCAAAAAGAGUUGCUGCUACAGAAAUUAAGCACUUUUGAAGAAACCAAUAGGACGCUCCGGGAUCUACUUAAAGAACAGCACAACCGGGAGAAAGAUGCACAGAAAUUGAUGGAGCAGCAGGGGUUGCUGCUAAAAAGGCUGUCUGACUCGGACGCAGAGAAAGCGAAUCUGAAGACAAGGCUACAGGAGAAAGAGAAGGAGGUGGAAGAUCUCAUCAGUCAAAUACAGACAGAAAAGGAUCAAGCGAAGACAGCAUGCGAACUCUCCAAAUCCAUGGAAGCUGUGAGGGGUCAUUUACAGGCUCAGCUGCGAAAUAAAGAAGCUGAAAAUAACCGUCUGGCUAUUCAGAUCCGGAAUCUGGAGCGCAGUGGAGCUCAGCAUAAGGCAGAGGUGGAACAUAUCAUGGAACAGCUAAAAGAGCUGAGGCAGAAGGGGGAGCGUGACAAGGAGGCCCUGAAGAAAGCCAUACGUGCACAGAAAGAGCGGGCAGAGCGCAGUGAGGAAUAUGCAGAGCAGCUGAAUGUCCAGCUAGCAGAAAAGGACAGUUACGUUGCUGAGGCACUGUCCACUCUGGAGUCCUGGAGGAGCCGCUACAACAAAGUGGUGAAGGACAAGACUGACCUGGAACUUGAGAUUGUUAUGCUGAACAGCCGUAUUACAGACUUGUUGGAGCAGCAGACCUCCAUGGAGGACAAAAUGCGGGAAGACAGAGAUGCUCUGGUGGAUAAACUGCACCGACAGGCCACAGAGAGCACAUCUUUCAAAAUGGAGAAUGAAAGGCUGAAGGCUACCAUGGUGCCAGUGGAGGAGAAGCUGAACCAAGCUCAGAUGGAGGUGCAGCAGCUCAAGGCAUCUCUCAGGAACUAUGAAGGGCUGAUUGAAACCUACAAGUCUCAGGUGAUGAGAACCCGAAUGGAAGCCGAUGAGGUGACUGUGAAACUGGAGCUUUGUGACAAAGAGAAUAAGACGCUAAAAGAUGAAAUGAACAAGGAGAUUGAGUUGGCUCGGAAGCAGUUCCAGAGACAGCUUGCUGAACUAGAAAAGCUGCCCGAGAUCCUGAAGAUCACGGAAACAAAGCUGGCAGAAUGUCAGGAUCAGCUGCAGAGUUACGAAAAAAAGAACAUGGACCUUUCUGCUAUGAUUACAGAUCUUCGUCAGCGGAUUGAGCUCCAGGGAGACAAAAUGGAAAUGACAAGAGAGAAGUAUCAAUCUGCCCAGGAGGAGAACAAGCAGCUGAUCUUGAAGCUAGAGGAGCUGGAGAGGAAACUAGAGACAACGGGUGCACAGAACAUUGAGUUCCUUCAAGUCAUAGCUAAAAGGGAGGAGUCUAUCCAUCAAUCCCAGCUGCGAUUGGAGGAGAAAACCCGUGAGUGUAGCUCCUUGGCUCGGCAGCUGGAGAUGGCCAUUGAAGAUGCCAAAAGACAAGUGGAACAAACGAGGGACCGAGCAGCAUCUAGAGAGAGGGCAGCCCAGUCCAAGAUGUUGGAGUUGGAGACCCAGCUGAGCCGGACGAAAACAGAACUAAACCAGCUGCGUCGGAGCAAGGAAGACUCAGAGCGCCGAUACCAAAGCCGUCUACAGGACUUAAAGGAUCGCCUGGAGCAGUCUGAAAGCACCAACCGAAGCAUGCAAAACUAUGUCCAGUUCCUCAAGUCCUCUUACGCCAAUGUCUUUGGAGAAAGUGCCUUAUUGAGCUCACCUAUCCAUUCCCGAUCUCCUCCAUGAUAAUAGUUCCCUCCCUGUCCCUCUGCUAUUGAGAGGUACAAAAGGGGGGCCAGAUUUCAAAGCCAUAUCUUGUCCAGAAAACUGUUUGGGAUUUCAGAGUCUGUGUAAAGAGAAGUCUUCCUCUCGUUCUCAUUGUCUGGGUGAGAUGGAGCUGCAGCGGUGUACAACAGGAAAGUGGGAUUGUUUUCUGUUUGGGAAUUGGCACUGCAUUAUCAGCCAUGCCCCAAAACAUCUGGGUUGGAGUAUGUGGGGAAUGCUUUCCCUUUCAUCUCCUAAUCCCCCAGUGGUUACUUCUCUUGUAACUAACCUGGUGGGCCUUUCAAUUAAUCAUAUUAGCUAUUUUUUAUUUUUUAUAAGAGUUCCGUCUCUUCCUUUUCGCUCUUCCUACCUUGUGUUCUUUUCUCACACAGCAGAGAUCAUGUUUGUUUUUAACUCUCACAUACUGUGUUGAUACAGCUGACCAAUGGGGAUAUUAGGAGAUAGUGCCACCAGUACAAGUGUGAACCCAAUAGUGAUAACUAAGUGACUGGAAUCCACGCUGAGAAUGGGUUAGCUCCUGAUCAGCCACCCUUUUUUUUUUUUUUAAACAAUUUUUUACUGGGAAACAAUGAAAUUGUAUCUUCUCACCUGAUUCAUGAAUACUGUCUAAUCCUUUAUUAUUUCUUUUGUGUGUGGUUGGUGUGUGUUAAUGCUUCUAAUCUGCAUAUUUUCUGGAUGCCCUUUUCCCCCCAACAGCCUGAUCCUGCAUUCCUUGCAAUCCCAGGGUCUGAGUCAAAGCCAUUUGAAGUCAAUGGAAAGAUUCCCAUUAAUUUCAGUGGGUCUGGAAUCAGGACCCCAUUCCGAAUACAGUGGGAGCUUUGAGUCAGCUGUAGGAAAAAAUAAAAUAAAAAGACAGACUUGAUGCUUGGCUUUGCCCUCAAAGCCAGCCUGCACAUACUCCUGUGACAUGAGGUCAUCUCUGGGAUGUGAAGGAAUGUCAAGGUCUGUGGGCUCUACUGUGCCCUCCAGUAAGCAGCUGUUCUGAAAUAUAGUAAACAUUUCAUUUCAACCCCAGCUGUUUGGCUGGGGGGGCUUUUUGGUGGUGGUUUUUUUGUUUUGUUUUUGUUUUGUUUUUUUAAUUCUGUUUACAUGAGAUGCAGUCAUCAGUGGAAUGUUUGAUAAGGGAUUUCUAAGUUUCUUUUAAUCAGUAUUUGAGAGUUCCAUUUUAAUGUGUAACUUAAAAAAAAUCCAAAAGGUGCUAUGAUAAAAUUAUUAAACUUCAGAAGUUUAAAAUUGGUGUUAUUUCUGGGGUUGACACUUCAUCUUGUAAAUUGUCUCAUUAUCUUUCCACUGUUGUUCUCAAAGGAAAUUCAUGGAUUUUUUAAAUUUAAUCUUAUUUUAAAGAUGAUUAAAACUAAUACACCUUUCAGCCAUCAGCACUGGUGCUCAAAAUACAUAAAUUUGUUGAUGAGACUAGGGAUAAUGCUGCAGUUGCUUGAGGGGAAAUGAAUCCUUACAAUAAGGGGAGGAGAAAGCAGUCGUCACUGAUAGUCAAAUGUAUAAUAAAAUCAAGAAAAUCAGUUC